AUGGGCCUAAUCAAGACGACUUGCAAUGAACUGGUCAGACUAUAUUGGUCUAGUCGCUGCGUCAGACUAGUUUUCGCUCUCAUUCAAAUAUGCGCCGUCACCAUUAUAAGCUUCACGAUCCAAUGCCAGCUCGACGGAAUUCCGAUUUUCACCGAAAUCUCAAUCUUCGACCUGUUGCGCUUUGUAGCGGAGUACCACUUACGCUCGGUGAAAAACUUUCUGUUCCAAGUACGCUACUGGAGUUACUACAACGAAGAUGGCUUGCUCGUAGUGAACGUGCCCAGCUCGCUUCCGCGCAUGUGCUGA